AUGCAGGGCAUCUCACCAACUUCGAAGUUCUUGACAUCUUACGAAGUAGAGGUGCAAAAACUGAACCCAUGGGAUGUUUGGGGGGCUGUUGCUGCAUCAGAGUGCAAGGUAUACGAGUACCUCCUAAAAACUCCUGCUUGCAACCAAACAAGGGAAUCCGUUACUGAAUUUGCAAACAGAUGUGAGGGUUUCAAGCUUACCGAUGCUGACAAGCAAAAUAUUAUCAAUUGGAGGCCAACCUCAGUUGCUGAUGUUUAUGCGAUGGUAGAGGAGUGUGGGAAAAGAUUCAGUAAGGAUGAGCAAGGAGGGGCACAUAAUGAAGAGGAACGUGCCAAGGAACUAUUGGGUCUUGUAAAUGAGGUUUUUCCACGACCACCCAUUAAGCAAGAGGAUGAACUGGAGGUGGAUAUGAAGGACAUCUGA